AUGCAGGUACAACUGUGUACUAAUUGUAUGACAUGCAAUUCUGCUACGUGGUGAUGAACCACAAAAAGACCCAGAAGUGUUUGAACUAUGAAUCGAACACUAAAUGUUAUGAUUCAGUUACAGCUUAUAUCUAAACAGUCCUCUUCAUCAUGCUGCUCUCAUUAAGACGUCAUCAGACCCAGACCAGACCGGACACAUACGUUACUGAGACGUUGUCCUUUUCAUGUGGUGGUUUACCCCCCAAUGUACAUUCAUGGUAUAAUAUUAAGUAUAUGGGAGGAAAAUCAUCAUUUUUACAUUGGAUGCAAAAUCCAGCAUUACUCAGUGAGCCAUGGAGGAAAUUACCAGAGAACGAUCAGGAAAUUCUUGAGUUCAUCAAAUCAUAUAAACCUCGGAAUGAUCGUGCCGGCCAUCUCAGAAUCCUGCUUCAUGGACCAGUCGGUGCUGGCAAAUCCAGUUUCAUUAACUCAGUGGAGAGUGUUGUACUGGGCAGAAUAUCUGGUCAGGUUAUGACAGCUGCAGCUUCAGAAUCCUGCUUUACUACAAAGUACAAAACAUUCAGGAUCUACAAGGAUGAAAAUAAAACACAUUGCAGUUUUGUUUUCAACGACAUGAUGGGGUUGGAGCCACAGAAACAAGGUGUCCCUGAGGAAGAUCUCAAACUUGCUCUGAGGGGACAUAUAGCAGAGGGUUACAAGUUCAUUCCUGGCCGCCCUUUGAUGGAGGAGGAUCCAUUCUACAACAAACAUCCUUCUCUGGAUAAUAAAAUCCACGUUCUGGUUUCUGUUGUUUCUGCUACAACUCUAAAUAUAAUAAAUGAUGAAGUAGUGGAGAAGAUGAGAGAGGUCAGACUGGAAGCCAGCAGACUGGAGAUGCCUCAACUGACCAUCAUCACCCACGUUGAUGAGGCUUGUUCUGAAGUAAAAAAAGAUAUCAAGAAUAUCUACAAGAGCACGUACCUGAAGAACCUGGUUGAAAGAUUCCACCAGGUGCUGGGCAUCCCACUGAACUGCAUCUUUCUUGUGAAGAACUACAGUUCAGAAGUAGAAACAAGUUCUGAAAUGGAUGUUCAGAUCCUGCAACCACUGAAACAGAUGAUCCUCUUUGGAGAAGACUUCCUCAAAGACCAGGAAGAUUAAUCCUGCUGAGACAGUUUGAAAGACCACAGCAUGAAAAUCUGGACACGU